GAAUUUCGUGAUAUCAGAAUUCUGAUGAGUAAAUAAUGGAGGUGGAUGUCUACACACAACAACAAGGAAUCACAGCAACAUUUUCACUCUCUGAAACCGACACCGUCAAGACGCUCUUCUCGAUUCUCAACCAGUCUUUUCCUCCAGCUGCCGACAACCAAUCAGGGUUUCAUCUCUUUUUUCAGAAUAUACAACUGAAGCAGGGGGACAGCAAUCGAGUUGGAGAUGAGAUUCGGAGAAUAGUGGAGGAGCCAAGUCGAAUAUGUUUACUGUCUGUUCCCAAUCCAUGUUAUGGCUGUGUGAGAUGUGAUAAGGUUGGUUGUCUUUCGGUGGAUACUCGUUUUAAGUAUUACCGUUAUGGCAGGCUGUGGAAGUUGCGGUUCUUGUGUAGAACUUGCCGGAGGGAGUUUAAUUUCGAUCUGCCACCACCACCUAGGCCAACCAUGCGGCAAACAAUGCCGCCCGCCUAGCCUG